CGGCUCAGCAAUGUGGCCGACAUCUGUGAGACGUUUGUUCUGUUUGUAUCAGCGAAGAUGUAAAUUUCUCCCCGCAGGACCAUGCUCUAAAGGACCUCACAGAAGCAGCAGCAGUGACUUCUCACAAACUACCCAUGAUGCUUUAUAUCCAGGACACAUCCCCACAACUCUCCUGCAGAAGAGUCUGUUGGCGGUGGGUUCAGGGGUCACUGCUCUUCAAAACCCUUACAGACAUGAUAUGGUGGCUGUUCUGGGGGAGACGACCGGUCACUUAGCAUUAGUCCAGCUCAGAGAAAGCAUGAGAAACGACCCAGAAGGUUUUUCGAUACUAAUGGAGAGGCCCAGGAUACGACUGUCUACUCUAGAUCUGAAUAAGAUGUCCUUGAUGCCUGACGGGUCAUUUGGAAGAGAAUAUCUUUGUUUUCUUGAUGAUAAUCACGUCACUCCUGACUCACGGGCAGAUGUGAAGUUUGUGGAUGACGAGGAGUUGGCCUACGUCAUGCAGAGAUAUAGAGAGGUCCAUGAUUUCCUGCACACUCUACUUGGCAUGCCAACCAAUAUGUUAGGUGAGGUUGCUGUAAAAAUAUUUGAAGCUGCCAACACAGGACUCCCAAUGUGUGUCCUUGGAGCUGUACUGGGACCUCUCCGACUAAAAACAAGCCAUUUGCAGACGCUGUUCAAGACGCUGGGGCCGUGGGCUUUGCAGAACGGUCGGAAGGCUCGGUGCGUCUUAAACGUCUUUUAUGAGCGACGAUGGGAGCAGAACGUGGAGGAGCUUCGUGAGGAACUCAACAUUGAUCCACCUCCUGUUACUGUCGCCAAAAGGAGCACGCACAGAGCAGCAGAACACUGA